CGGUCAAAUCAAAUGUCAUUCGAAACAAAUUUCGUGGCCUCCGCGCCGACAAUUUUUUCAGAUUAUUGACACGCUUUCAUCCUAUUUUGAGGAGGAUAUUAACACAAUAAGUUAAACUUAAUAUAAGCAAUUUAUUACAAUCGUGAUUGAAGAUAAAAACAGUAUAAAAACUCUCAAAAAUGAGUACAAUAUUGGAGAAAAUCGCCGCCAUAGAGUCCGAGAUGGCUCGGACGCAAAAAAAUAAAGCCACUGCUCUUCAUUUAGGUCUUCUAAAAGCCCGUUUGGCUAAAUUGAGACGUGAACUGAUCACUCCCAAAGGUGGCGGCGGUGCCACUGGUGAAGGUUUCGAUGUCGCCAAGACAGGUGAUGCCAGGAUUGGUUUUGUGGGUUUCCCAUCAGUGGGCAAGUCAACCCUCCUGUCCAAUUUAGCCGGAGUCUAUUCUGAGGUGGCGGCAUAUGAGUUUACAACCCUCACCACCGUCCCCGGCUGUAUUAAAUAUAAGGGAGCUAAGAUUCAGUUACUGGAUCUGCCUGGUAUCAUUGAAGGCGCUAAAGACGGCAAAGGUCGAGGUCGGCAAGUCAUAGCAGUGGCCAGAACAUGCAGUCUCAUAUUCAUUGUCCUGGAUGUGUUAAAACCGCUCCAGCACAAGAAACUUCUAGAACACGAGUUGGAAGGCUUUGGGCUGAGACUAAACAAACAGCCACCUAACAUACACUUUAGGAAGAAAGACAAAGGAGGAAUCAAUUUGAAUAAUACAUGUCCACAAUCAGAACUGGAUGUGGAAACGGUAAAGACGAUCCUCUCGGAGUACAAGAUCCACAACGCUGACAUAACACUGCGGUAUGAUGCCACCAGCGACGACCUCAUCGAUGUGAUUGAAGGCAACAGGAUAUACGUGCCUUGCAUCUACUUGCUCAAUAAGAUUGAUCAAAUAAGCAUAGAGGAGCUAGACGUUAUAUACAAAAUCCCCCACUGUGUACCCAUCUCCGCCCAUCACAAGUGGAACUUCGACGAUUUACUGGAGAAGAUGUGGGAGUAUUUGAAACUCAUCAGAAUAUACACCAAGCCUAAAGGACAACUGCCUGAUUACAAUGCACCUGUAGUGUUACAUGCAGACAGGACCAGUGUGGAGGACUUUUGUAACAAACUUCAUAGGUCUAUUGUAAAGGAAUUUAAAAUUGCCUUAGUAUGGGGAUCGUCUGUGAAGCACCAACCGCAGAAGGUCGGCAUCGACCACAUACUGGCCGACGAGGAUGUUGUCCAAAUUGUGAAGAAAGUAUAACCUGUCGUAUAAUCACAGAGGAAUUAUAUUUACAAAAUUGUAAAACAAAAUACACUAUCAAAAGAAAACUUUAUUCUUUAACUACUCGGUAAAGCAAACCUAAGAUCACCAAGAGAUAAUUUGUCUACAUGUAUACUGCAACAUAAAAGAGUAAAGUUAAUAAAAAUGGUAUUAAUAAAUUUGCUGGCAACACCACUUUUACUGUCACUUUACUUUUUUUGUAAUUAUUCAGAUGAGAUUUACUUUUCCUUUAAAGUUUGGAAUGAAGAAUGAUAAUAUUAUGUAGACAAAAUUAUCUCAUCUAUAUUAGGCUACGUCCAUACUAUCUAAGCAUCAGUAAUCACUACUAAAACUGUCAAAGCAAAAUUGGCCAGUUUUUUAAGUGAAAUUUUCUACAUGAUUGUGCGUCCUUUUAUUAUAAAACAUCAAUGGUAACAUCACGUAAACGUCCUUAUUGUAAAUAAAUGCCUAUUUUAAGAUGUUCUGUAAGAAGCUUCACUUCUUAAUUUUGUAGAUCUAUUAGUAGUAUAAAUAUUAUUAUAAUAAGUUGUAUAUCAAGUAUGGUUAGUUACAAAAACUUUUUUUGUGUGUUAAGUUUGUUUGUUUGUUGGUAAGUCUACUGCCGACCUAAAAUGUAUAUUCUAAUGAGAGGUAUAGUAUGCGCCAAAAUAUUGCUAUAUACCGAACUACGUAGAUAUUAUAAAUCCGUUUCGAUGUUCAUUGCGGACUCUUAGUUUGGCGUAUAGUAUACCUGCAAAAAAAAUUGACUGUCUUUUUUAUAGCCAUUAUUUCUAUAUUUGCAUUGAAGGAUAGUGUAAAAAGUUUAUAAAAAUAGGUACAGGAUACAUAGUGUGGGUGUGGCCUUAUAAAAUGUAUUUAAAAAAAUAAUGUGUAUAUAUGUAAUAUCCAUAUAUGAGAACUAUGCAUGACAUAAUAUUUUGUCCUACUCAAUUAAAAAAAAUAACCUAAUAAUAGUAAACAAAGACUUUUAAAAGCUUGUUAAUAAUAAAGUGCAUUUUGUUAACUCUUAAGAACAAUGAUGAAAUAAUAAAUAUUUAUAAUAUUUA